AUGCUGGCAAAUCUGAUGAGGCCCGUGGUGGGUGCUGCAGAGGCAGACGGCUGUGCUCCUGUGGCUGAUGGCCGUGCUGCAUCCCAUGAUCCUGGGAAUUUGACCCAGUGGGCUACACUGAUGAGGCCUGUUGUGGGCGCUGCUGAGGGUGACGGCUGUGCUGCUGUACCUUAUGGCUGUGCUCCUGUGGCUGAUGGCUGUGCUGCAUCCCACGCGUCUGGGAGCUUAAAGCAGAGGGCUAUACCGAUGAGGACUGUUGUGGGUGCUGCUGGGGAUGAUGGCGCUCCUGUGGCUGAUGGUUUUGCUCCUGUGGCCGAUGGCUUUGCUGCUGUGGCCGGCGGCCCUGCAGCUGUAGAUGAUGGCUUUGCUGCAGCCCAUGAGCCUGGGAAUCUGGACCAGUGGGAUGCGCUGCAGAUGGUUUUUGGGUUGACUCACUCCAAAUCUUGGACAGACAGCUGUACUGCAUCUGGUGCUCCUGGAAUUCCAACCCAGCGGGAUGGGCCGUCACUGUGGCAACGACAGCAGGAGCAGCAGCAGCAGCAGGAGGAGGAGGAGGAGGAGGAGGAGGAGGAGGAGGAGGAGGAGGAGGAGGAGGAGGAGGAGGAGGAGGAGGAGGAGGAGGAGGAGGAGGAGGAGCAGCAGCAGCAGCAGCAGCAGCAGCAGCAGCAGCAGCAGCAGCAGCAGCAGCAGCAGCAGCAGCAGCAGCAGCAGCAGCAGCAGCAGCAGCAGCAGCAGCAGCAGCAGCAGCAGCAGCAGCAGCAGCAGCAGCAACAUCAGCAACAACAGCAGCUGCUUCAGCAGGAACAACCGCCAUCGACACACCAGCAACUGCAACCCGAUCAGCAGCAACAUCAAGGACAGCAGCAUCCAUCGUGGAACUUGACAGCUUUGCUGCUGUCGUUUGCUGAUUCUAUAACAGAGCGCCCUGCCAAAGACCUUCUAGAGACCUUAUCUGCUGCUAUGCCGGCUGCUCUCUCCAGCCCAAGAGUCUCUUCCCCACAAUUUUUCACAGGCAGCCCCUUUAAAAUGUCGAGUCAAGCAGGCAUUGCCUUGCGCCACGCAGCUGAAACGGGGGCUCCUCAUACGCUUGAAACUGGUCCUUCUCGAAGGCUUCAGAAGAGCCCUGCCUCAGCCCUGGGUAUACACCUGUCUGCCUCCCCUCCCUUUGCCCGUGCCAGUGCAAGUAACCGUGCCUCAUGGAUUCAAAAGGGAGAGAAACCUGAGGAGCUUUAUGCCAUGGGUGCAGCUUGGGGUGAGCCUACUCCCUCCGCCUGCAACGGCGUCUGUGCCCGUGCAUCCACCUCUGCCCAUGACUGCACAUGUGCGCAUAGAGAGGGUGAAGCGUCUGCAGAGCUGCAUGCCUUGAGAAGUCGUGUGCUGCCCACCAUCGUGGAGCCACCCACCCUCCUGCCGCCCACCCUCCUGCUGCCCACCAUCAUUGAGCCGCCCACCAUCAUUGAGCCGCCCACCAUCAUUGAGCCGCCCACCAUCAGUGAGCCGCCCACCAUCAUUGAGCCGCCCACCAUCAUUGAGCUGCCCACCACCUUUGUGCGAUCAGCCGCACAGCCCUGCGAGCACCAUUUUCAAGCCCCUGCAGCACCAAUUCCAAGCCCUGCAGCACCUGUUACAACCCCUGCAGCACCAGUCACAACCCCUGCAGCACCAGUUACAAGCCCUGGAGCACCAGUUUCAAGCCCUGUAGCACAAGUCACACAGAGAUUGAUGUAA